AUGAAGUUCACCAUCAUCUUUACCAUCCUUUCCGCUCUCUUCUUCGCCGCCGUUAGUGCUGCUCCGAGCCUUACCAAUGCGCAACGCCUCGCUCGUGGUUGGUCACCUAAUCCACCCGCAAGGCGCACGACACCUGUCGCUGCGGCGAAGAGGGGCCAGCCUUCGGGAAUUCACAACUCUUGCAACACUGGAACCAUGCACUGCUGCAACUCCGUCACUUCUAGCAACAGCCGAGUGGCUAGCACUCUCGCCGGUUUGCUGGGCAUCGUUCUGCCGCACAAUACCGCCGUCGGAAUCACUUGCAGCCCUCUUUCCGCUGUCGGUCUGGGUCACGGUGGCACCUGCACCCAACAACCUGUCUGCUGCACUGGAAAUAACUUCAGUGGCUUGGUCGUUGUCGGAUGCUCUCCAAUCAACAUCAACGUGACUUAA